CGCGAAAAGUGCUCAUGGAUACUGCGUCAUAUCUGCACUGAUGUGGAGUGUUUUGGCCUUGUUCGUCACUUGAGAUUUGUUCCGAUUCAGUCGCGCCUCAACCGGUCUGAAUGACUGUCGCUAUUCACGUCAGUGCUAAAAAAUCCUUGUUAUGUGCAAGACUCUUCAUUUAUUUAUAAACAAAUAAUAAAAUAAUGGAGAGCUGGACAAUUUAUUUUACUAUCCUCGCGGUACUAUUGGGAGUCUACUACUCCCUACGGAGAAAGAAAUUCUUCGAUGAAAAGGAUAUAAUACAUGCGAGAGGUCUUCCCAUUCUUGGCAGUAUGACUCCUCUCAUAUUCCAACGGAUUUCUAUCGGUGAAAUGAUUAAAAGAAUGUACAACAUCAGCGAAACAGCCAAAUACGUCGGUUUCUACGAUUUGAUGAAUAGUCCAGUAGUGGUUCUACGAGAUAUUGAAGUAAUCAAAAGUGUGGGUGUCAAGCAUUUCGAUCAUUUUGUUGAUCGAACAGCGAUGGUAGAUCCGGAACAAGAGCCUCUGUUUGGUAACAACCUGGCUGGUCUCAGAGGUAAUAAAUGGCGAGAGAUGAGGAACCUGUUGAGCCCGGCCUUCACCUCUAGCAAAAUGAAAGGAAUGUUCAAACUUAUGUCAGACUGCGCUGAGAAUUUUGCCAAUCACAUUGCAAAUGAGACCUCCUCGAAACCCAUCACGUACAACAUGAAAGAUGCCUCCGCUCGAUAUGCAACAGAUGUGAUUGCAACUUGUGCGUUUGGUGUUGCAGUGGAUUCUAUGAAAAAUCCGAACAAUGAUUUUUAUGUGCUGGGGAGGAAAGCGAGUAUUUUCCAAGGAUUCACGCUGGUGAAGAUGCAGUUGAUGAAAUCGUUGCCAUGGCUGACAAAAAUCCUGGGAAUUCACGUCCUAGACCCUAAGAUUGAUAAGUUCUUCGUGGAACUUGUGCAGAGUACGAUUGAUGCCAGAGAUAAGGAGGGAAUCGUACGUCCUGAUAUGAUUCAAUUGAUGAUGGAGGCGCGAAAGAAUAAAGAGGACGGGGGCCCUGGGCUUGAUAUUCGUGAUAUGGUGUCCCAGGCAUUUGUCUUUUUCUUUGGGGGAUUUGACACAACGUCCUCGGCCAUGUGCUUCGUGGCCCAUCACAUUGCCAUGGAUCCGGAUGUUCAAAGGAAAUUGCAAAAGGAAGUCGAUGAGGUCUAUGAACAGUGCGAUCAGAGUGUCACAUACGAAGCUAUCAAUAACAUGAAAUAUCUCGAUGCUCUUGUGAAUGAGUGCCUGAGGCUGUACCCAAUAGGAGUAGCUCUAGACAGACUCUGUACAAAGGAGUUUGAACUACCUCCAGCAUUACCUGGAAAAAAGCCAGUCCUUUUAAAAGCCGGCGAUCGAGUGUGGAUUCCGGUGUAUGCACUUCAUAUACAUCCGGAUUACUUCCAUGAGCCGGAGAAGUUCUACCCGGAGAGGUUUAUUGAGGAUCCCAAGAUUCUCCAUUCACCUGCGUAUUUUCCCUUUGGUAUUGGACCCAGAAUGUGCAUUGGUAAUCGAUUCGCUCUGAUGGAGAUGAAGGUGCUCAUCUUUCAUCUCGUUCUCAAGUGCAAUCUCAGUAUUGGGGAGAAGAUGAUACUGCCGUUGGAAUUCGAUAGGAAGGUCUUGGGUAUGGCCGCCAAGGGAGGCUUCUGGGUGUCAAUGGAGCCGAGGAGAAAGUAGACCGUCAUCAUCAUGAAUAAAUUUCAUUUGUGCUCGACUGGAAACCUGCGCAUGUUUAAAUAUUUCGAUUAUGUUGUAGCUGUGUUAAUCCAUGAUAGUGAUAAGGAAUCCUUAUUCAUCUGGAUAUUGAAGAAAUAUAUAUUAUGGAAUUGAA